UCUCUCCAAAGCUCCUCCUCGAUCACCCCUCGACGGCCGACAGAUCACACCAUGUCUUCCGAGUCUCUCUUCUCACCCGACCUCAUCUCGUCCGAAGUCGCGGCUGCCCUUCCAGAGGGCUACACAAUUCGUCCUCUGCAAAAGAGCGACUACCAUGCCGGCUUCCUAGACGUGCUCGCCGUCCUCACCACCGUCGGCGAUGUUUCAGAACAAGACUUCAACGAGCGCUUCCAAGAGAUGCAGGCAUCUGGUGCGCUGGGAAAAGGUGCAGGUGGCUACCACACAUUGGUCAUUCUGAACGGCGAGAACAAGAUUGUCGGCACUGGUGCCUUGAUUGUCGAGAAGAAGUUUAUCCACAGCCUGGGUCAGGUUGGACACAUCGAGGAUAUCGCUGUUGCAAAGGACCAGCAAGGAAAGAAGCUGGGUCUGCGCAUCAUUCAAGCGUUGGACCACGUUGCUGAGAAGGUCGGCUGCUACAAGACCAUCCUCGACUGCUCAGAGGCCAACGAGGGCUUCUAUGUCAAGUGCGGCUUCAAGCGUGCUGGCCUAGAGAUGGCCCAUUACUACAAUAAGCCUUGAAAACACCCCCAUGCUACAUUUUCCAGGUCCAGGCGUUUCAAAAUAUGGCGAUAUACAAGAUACAUCCAGGU